AUGGCUAAUGCUUCUACUAUCAUCUGCAUCGGGAUAGUAGUAGGCGUGGUGUCGUCGGCUACGCAGUCGCUGGGUCUGACGCUUCAGAGAAAGGCCAGCGUCGCACACAUCGCACAGGUCGCGAAUGAAGAGCGGCCCGGUCCGUCGUUAUACCGAAACGCUACGUGGCAACUGGGACUCGCACUUUUCUUGCUUGCCAACAUUGUCGGAAGUACAGUUCAGAUCGCCACGUUGCCACUGAUCGUACUGGCGCCGCUGCAGAGCUGUGGCCUUUUGUUCAACUCGCUCGCCGCUCACUACGUGCUCAAAGAGUACUCCUCGUGGCGCACGCCCUUAGCAACGCUCCUGAUCGUCGCAGGCGGCAUGGUCAUCGGCGUCGUGGGCGUUUCCUCCACGUCCUCGCACUCCAUAACGCAUUCUCUCGCAGAAUUGUGGAAACUGGCCCAGGCAUCGCUUUUCAGGCGUUGGUUCGUCAGCACCAACGCCCUGGUGGGCGUGGUGCUGGCCCUCACCUGGUAUUAUAAACAGGCCCUCCCCACUUUUGUCAAGGGCGUCAGUUACGGCUGUUGCAGCGGCAUCUGGUCCGCGCAUUCACUGCUCAUGGCCAAAUCCGUUUCUGACGUGGUCACGCACGCCAUAAUUCAUGGCUCGGCUGAUUUGGUCAACUCGUCAUUUUGGAUCCUGGUGGCAGUUUUUGUCUCUCUAUCCCUCACACAGCUAUUUCUUUUGAACACUGGUCUGCGACACAUUUCAACGUCAAUCUUAUACCCGUUGGUUUUUUGCAUCUACAACCUGGUUAAUAUUUUCAACGGGAUAGUGUUUUUCAAUGACCAGGGACAACCUUUGUCGAAGGUCUUGGGUGUGAUACUCCCAGGCGUGGCUAGUUUAAUAUGUGGGGUAGUGCUUUUGUCAAGAGACCAGUUUAUCAUUUCGCAAGGCGAGGACUCCAAAAACGUACAAGACUCGCAACAUCGUACCAGCAUGCUUUCCUACACCAGUCUCAGGCCCAAGAGCGUAGACCUCGCAUCCCUUCAGGCCCCUACGUCCUCGAAUACGGAAUCUUCAGACCCAUAUUACGUUUCUCUCCCGCAAACCCCAAAGAAAGACAAAUACAACUCGAUGUCUUCUUCGAAGCGUAACAGUCGAAGAGUACUUUCUUUUGAACAGGAAGGCAUUCUCAGUCAAAUGGUUUAG